CCACCUGCGAGAGCGCGCGUGCGGGGUUGCGGGUGGACUUCUGAUGCUACGCGAGACUGACGAGAGAAGAGCGAGCACGCAACGCUAGAAGUCGGGGGAAAAGUUAUUUUUAUAUUCACAUUGAUUACUAAAUUGUGACCUAAAAGCAGAGGAAUGGAUUUAAGGACGACAUGUCUAUGUUUAAUUUACGUCAUUCUUCUCACAGGUACAACUUGUGGACUGCAGAUCACCUCAACUGGUUCCACGUCCAUUGAGAAAGCCAGCGGAGAAACCAUUAAGUUGGACUGUCAGUUUAUACUCGCUACAGAGGAUACCGGGCCUCUGGAUAUUGAGUGGACCCUGCAGCCCUCAGACAACCAAAAAGAAGAAAAAGUGGUGAUCUUGUACUCAGGUGACAGAGCCUUUGAAGACUACCAUGACCCUCUUAAAGGGAGAGCCCACUUCAACUCUCCCGACCCUAAAAACGGUGAUGCCUCCAUGAACAUAAUGGGGCUAAAGGCCUCAGACACGGGCACCUAUCAGUGCAAGGUGAAGAAGGUUCCUGGCAUCAGCAGCAGGAAGUUCCUAGUAACUGUCAUGGUUCGCCCAUCUAAACCCAAAUGUUAUGCGGAGGGUCCGACUCAGGUGGGGAAGGAUAUGGUGUUAAAGUGCAGUUCUCCAGACGGCACACCACCACUGCAGUAUGUCUGGGAUCGAACCACAGGAAAUAAACUUCUGCCCCCCACAGCAAUAUUUGAUUCUGUGGGCACAAUAACUGUGAGGAACGCCACCGAAGCCGUUUCUGGAACGUACCGCUGUGUUGUUACAAACCGUGUUGGAUCAGAAGAGUGUAUGGUGACGGUCAAUAUUGCACAAGCUCCCAACACAGCGGGUAUCAUCGCCGGCUCUGUAAUCUCUGUCCUGUUGGCUCUCUUACUUCUCGCCCUUUUACUCUUCUGCUGCUGUCGUGCCCGCAAUAAGAAGAAGUACGAGAAAGAGAUCGCCUAUGAGAUCAGAGAGGAUGUUCCUCCUCCGAAAAGCCGUAUUUCUACCGCACGCAGCUUCACUGUGGGUAGCCAACGUUCCUCUCUGGGCUCCAUGUCUCCAUCCAACCUUCACGAGUACACCUCUCACGGCAAGUCUCAAUAUGACAAGAUACCCUCGGAUGAAUACGAAAGGCCACCUAGCCACGCCCCUGUUACCCCACCCAGCAGAAUGUCUGUUCCCAGCAGAAUGGGUGCUCCCAACCUUAGUCGCAUGGGGGCCGUCCCUGUCAUGAUCCCUGCCCAGAACAGGGAUGGGUCCAUUGUGUAGAGCUGAACGGGUAUCAGUCCCAGCGCUGCCAGUUUGACUCUCACUGUUCUAUUCAUUGUUUUACUGGAAUCUGUGAUGGAGCGAAUGAAAAUGCAGGUUACGAACUCAGUGGUACAUCUCUAAUAAUACAAUUUGACUUCCAGAACUUCAACAACAAAAAACUUAUGGUGAUUGUUUCACCUACUUCUGUUUUGUUUUGUAAAUAAUACGGUGCAUGUUUUUUUUUUAAGGUGGCCAUAUCUACUACAUUAUUAUAUAAAUGCACUUGAAUUGUUUGCCUAUGAAAUGUUCUGCAGAGGUUAAAUGAAUCUAAAUGUGACUCAUAGUUUAUUAUUUUACAUAAGAUCUCCCAAGCUAUUAUACGAUAUCUUUUUAUUAAUCACUCAAAAUAUGGAUGAUAUGGUUUUUGAUUAUUAAAGUGAUGUGUAUAUAUGAAUUUAAACUUUUGGGAAAAUGAGAAUACUGUGAUUUUAACCUGCUUUGCUUUUUCGUGAACAUUAGCAGGGCUUCACGGCGAUUAGUGCAUUGGUCGUUUCCUUAUUCGUAAAUUGCCUUCCACUUCCCCCACUUAAAAAAAAAACAAAACCCUUUCAUUUUAUUGCAAAGGACUGGCUGGGUGGUAAAAUACGGUUCAUCGAACAAUCAGACUUGGGUAACUUACAGAACCCCAGUUCGUCUCAAAUCUGCCCUGCCCCUAGUUACUGCUUCAGACAGAUGCCCAGAUGUCUCUUAUUAAUGCGCUGGUUUAAAUAAGAUCUUAAACCUGCAUUUGAUUUGGACGUCAGCUUAUACCCUCUUAAAAAACACGAAGCUUUGAAACUAAUUUGUAGUUUAAAGUGUUGUCUAUAGAUGAAGGACAUGUAUUAUAUUAAUAAAUUGAAGGAUUGGUUAACAUUAAUGUAAGCCACUGAAUGUUGUUCAUAGAAUUAUACUUUUAAUAAGUUGUGUGAUUUGUGUAGUUUGAGUUUGAUAAGGUCUGAAAUAAUAACUAUCAUCAUAAUGCCCAACUGUGUAGAUAAAACAUCAGCCUUUGGUUUUUAUUGUAAUUUAUUUUACCUUGCAGGGUUACCCCAUUGUUCCCCACUGUGCCUUUUUUAACUUUGGGUUUAAUGAAUUGGUCACACACACUAAAAAGUUAUUAAUUCAAUUUACUAAAUUUUUUUAAGGUAAGUGGUUGCAAUCAAUUUAUUUUAGCUACAUUUAAACAAAAUAAAUUAGAAAAAUAAAAUAAAAAACUUUUGUUUAAAUGUAGCUUAAAUACAUUUAUUGCAACCACCUUAAAAAAAUUAAGUAAAUUGAAUGAAUCAUUUUUUUCAAUGAGUGUAGGUUUAUCAGAUGUGAAGGUAAAUAAUAAAUGAACAAACAUGAUUUUUAAUAUAAAUAAUAAAUUUGGUAACAACAUUGAACACCAUCUGACUGGCAAAAUAUUACUUAUAGUUGUUAUUAAUAGCGAUAUAGUGAUUUUUAUUUUUUGGAAGAUGCACAUGUUCCCAGUACUCAUGUGAGGGUGUGUGUGUAUGCUGUCAACUAUAUACUGUAUGUCUAUAAAUACAUGUCACUGUUGUACACAAAUAGCAGCCGCUUAUAUCAUCUGCAUUGUCCUGACCUGGUUCUUGUUGAAUGUGUAAAUAUAUGUUAUGUAAUGUAAUUAAUUUUGGGUCUGAUUGAUUAAUUGCAUUUGUAUUCACGUCUGAAUACAGUGAAGAAUGAGAGGGUGAUUGGGUUAAUCAUUCACCAUCUGGAUAUGGUAUUAUUAACAUUUAUUAUUAAGUUACCAUGACCUAAAAUCUGUUUUCUUUGGGCUUUUAUUUAUUUUGACUCGAAUUAAAGAAAUGCUGUUCCAGGAUCAGUUGAACAUGAAGACUAGUGUAAACAUGGCAAUCUGAUCCUUUAUCAGCAAACUUUACUGCAAUUCCCUUGAACUGAAUGAUCUGUGUUCAGUUUGGCUAGAGCCCAUUCUGUAUUUCAUUGUAGUAGAUUUUAGGCCGCUUCUCUGUACAGUGCCAUUUAUGAAAUAGUUAACUCUUUUUUUACCUCUUAAGAGGCAACCAAUGAUGUUAAUCGUAGCUUUUAUUUUUUUUAACAGUGUACUAACAAUGCAUACCAUUUUUCCCACUUUUUGGUUUGCACAUGAUGUAAAAACCUUAUUUUUCUUUAUUAUCAUUAUUUUUGUGUGCUCUGUGAUGUAUUUUUAAAUAAAAAAAGAAACCUCUAUCAUUCUAAA